UUUGUUCCUCUCAGUUAUUUCGGUUAUAUAUUAAAUGAAAUAAAUAAAAAGGGAAUUAUACGUUACCUUGUGUCAAAGUACAGUGACAAUUGACUGUGUUUCUCGCCAUAGUUCAAGAAUCGUAAUAGGUACAAUCUGAGGUCACGUAAAAAUCUACGGGCAUAGUUUUGGUCUCUCUGAUUAUCGAUAUUGGUAAGAGAGUGAGAAGUAAGAGAAGUAAGUUUGGGAGGAAUCGAUGGCCAUCAGUGCCCAUGGGCGGCCUCGCGUUUAGAACAAGGAACAGCCCCUCCCAGAAGACCUCGCUCAGGUGGGGCGACUGCUGCCCUCCGAACCCGAACCCCUCGUCGACGGCAGCAUCCUCGUUGGCAUCGGUCAUACCCAAGAGCCGUCACCUGGCCAUGCCACCUGUACCUGUGUGAGGCUGCCCUCCGCUGCUGCGCGACUGUACACCCAGAGGUGCUCAGAGGUUUCCAAACGUUCCCAAAACAGAGAACGCACCGAACCUCUUGGACUUGCAUCUUCAUCAACUUGACUUGACGCCCGUUGAUCUAUCAUCACCCAACAACAUGAUCAACAUCGCAGGGGUUAUUUCCAUCGUUUUAUUUUACCUUCUAAUUUUGGGAGUGGGAAUAUGGGCGGCCAGGAAAAAAGAGGCUGGAAACGAUUCCGAGGAAGAGGUGAUGCUGGCCGGACGGUCCAUCGGCCUUUUCGUCGGGAUCUUCACGAUGACGGCCACGUGGGUCGGCGGAGGCUACAUCAACGGAACAGCCGAGGCUAUCUACACCAAAGGGCUGGUGUGGUGUCAGGCACCAUUCGGAUACGCCCUAAGUCUCGUUUUCGGAGGAAUAUUCUUUGCAAACCCGAUGCGGCAGCAGGGUUACAUCACUAUGCUGGACCCCCUGCAAGAUGCAUUUGGCGAGAGAAUGGGUGGUUUGCUUUUUUUACCAGCACUAUGUGGCGAAGUCUUUUGGGCGGCAGGAAUUCUCGCUGCUCUCGGGGCCACCCUGGCAGUAAUAAUCGACAUGGACCAGGGGACAUCCGUUAUUCUGAGUGCAUGUAUAGCGGUAUUCUACACUCUGUUUGGCGGCCUCUACUCCGUCGCCUAUACGGACGUGAUCCAACUGUUCUGCAUUUUUAUCGGCCUGUGGAUGUGCAUUCCCUUUGCAUGGAUGAACCCCAAGGUCGAGUCACUUAGCUCGAUGGAUGUGGAUUGGAUCGGCGAAGUAAAACCAUCGGAAUAUUGGUACUACAUGGACUACGGGCUUCUACUAGUCUUCGGAGGCAUACCUUGGCAGGUCUAUUUCCAGCGAGUUCUCUCCUCGAAGACCGCUGGCAGGGCUCAAAUCCUGAGCUACGUGGCUGCCGUAGGAUGCAUCCUGAUGGCCAUUCCUCCAGUUCUCAUCGGAGCCAUAGCCAAGGCGACGCCGUGGAACGAGACCGGGUACACGGGACCUUAUCCGUUGACGGAAACGGAGACAAGUAUGAUCCUGCCGAUGGUUCUCCAAUACCUGACACCGGACUUUGUGUCUUUCUUCGGCCUGGGAGCAGUCUCAGCUGCCGUGAUGUCAUCGGCGGACAGUAGCAUUUUAUCAGCGAGUUCCAUGUUCGCUAGGAACGUCUACAAGCUCAUCUUUCGCCAGAGGGCUUCAGAGAUGGAGAUAAUCUGGGUGAUGAGGACGGGUAUCGGUGUUGUCGGGGUCCUUAGCACGGUGAUGGCGUUAACGAUACCCUCGAUAUACGGGCUCUGGUCGAUGUGUUCCGACCUGGUGUACGUCAUCUUGUUCCCUCAGCUGCUGAUGGUCGUCCACUUUAAACCGUAUUGCAACACCUACGGCAGUCUUGCAGCGUAUAUAAUUGCUUUCAUGGUCAGAAUCAGUGGUGGCGAGCCUCUGAUGGGACUGCCGGCACUCAUUCAUUAUCCAGGUUACGAACCGGAGACCGACACCCAGCUAUUUCCCUUCAGGACAAUGGCAAUGUUGAUGUCUUUGGUGACAUUAGUGGGUGUUUCGUACGGCACUCAGGUCGCGUUCAUGACCGGCAAGCUUGCGCCUGGUUACGAUAUAUUUCGAUGCGUGGUCAACAUACCCGAGGACGUAGAGCGCGUGGGUCCCGACCCUGCGGAAGGUGAACAAAUGGCUGUGCUGGCCGGCGGGUCGGCCAGACUCUACGGCAGCAAAGAUGAAUCCAACGGCCGAGUGAAUCAAGCGCUCGAGCCGGACGACGAUAUGGAACCAGGUUGUGGCGUGGGCGGAGGUGGCGGGUGCAGCGUUUUGGGUCAGUUGGGACCUCACGUCGAUCGCCAGCCGCAAUCCAGCACCGCGUUCUAACUCCAGGUUCCAUGAUCGGAUGCUGUGACCAACAAUAACUCUGGUGAUGCGGUGUUUCUUCGUUUCUCCAUUCAUUCUUUUUUCGUUUUUUCAUUAUUGCGUAAUUUAUCAGGUGUAGUGUGUAGAUUCUAUACUGCAAUUUUGUAUAGGAUGCUUUCUGGUGCUCUUAAGAUGAACGGUUCUCUAAAGCCACUGCGAUUCCGUGUAUAGUAUAGUGAUAACACCGCGUGGUUUUUGGCGAUAGAGAUUCAAGCAUAGUGGUCCUGACGACAGUAAUCGUGAUACGAUUCGUACAAAGAUCGGCAGAAUACGGGGGAAUGGUUGCGGAAAUUCCGCGCCGCGUUUUGUACGUCUAAUCAAUGAGUCGAGGUCAUCGCCGAGGUCAUAUUACUUGUGGCCAAGAACAAUUAUCGUAGUCUCAAUUAAGCAAUAAUUUUGGAGGUAACCCAUUACAUACAUAUAACGUACUUGUUAGCUGUUUGCACAGCGGGGAAAUGAGAACACCGCAUCGCCUAUUAGGCCUAGUGAUUUUGUUUUUAAAUAUAUUUAGUACCAAAUAAAUAUAAAUAAAAAAAUAAAU